CUGGGAGCGGGUGAUACUGCGACAUGUGGGGCGGAGCGGCGUGGUUGUGCCUGGGCGUGCUGUGCGCGGCGAGCGGCGCGGCGCGCGCGGUGGUCGGCGGAGCCCCCUCCGCGCCGCCCGAGCCCGACGCUGCGGUGGUCUUCGUCCAGCGGAACUCACUCAGUGCUCGCCUCGAGGGCACCCGGGAUGACAAAAUUGGAUAUUACAGCUUUCUUGGGAUAAGAUACGCGGAGCCGCCGGUGGGGCCGCGGCGCUUCCAGCGGGCGGUGCGGCGGCUGCCGGCGGGCGAGGUGGACGCGCGCCGCCCCUGCCCCCCCUGCCCGCAGCAGGACCCGCGCCGCCCCGGCCAGCUGCUGGGACAGGAGGACUGCCUGUGUCUCAGCAUCUAUACGCCAAAAAUGCCUGGCUCUGAAGAAGGUAGUCCAGUGAUCAUCUUUAUUCACGGUGGAAACUACCAAACAGGAUCCGCUAACGCUUACGGGGGUCAACACUUGGUGCAGCAAGAUACCAUCCUGGUGACCCUACAGUACCGACUGGGGUCGUUAGGGUUUUUAAGUACGGGCCAGAAAGAUGCAGCAGGAAAUGUUGGCCUCUUUGAUAUGCAAGCUGCCUACAGCUGGGUGAAUGACUACAUAAAGUUUUUCGGCGGCGAUCCAUCCCGCAUAGUGGUGAUGGGCCAGGGCUCCGGCGGCAGCGCGGCGUCGCUGCUGGCGCUAUCCCCGCAGGGGCGCGAGGCGCGGGGCGUGGUGGCGCUGUCCGGCGCGCCGCUGUCCCCGGGGGCCGUGCGCCGCGACCCGCUGCGGCAGGCGAGGGACCUCGCCGCGCGCACGGGCUGCCCGCCCGAGCCGGCUGAACAGCUUGUGGCGUGUCUCCGGGCCCUACCCGUAGAGAAAAUUAUUAUGGCUGAUUCGCAGUUAAACACUGAGGGCAUGGUAGACACGCAAGCAUUCCUCAACGAUAUCUCGGGGCGGGACGGGGCGGGGGCGCGCGUGGAGGGGGCGGACGACGAGCGCGGCUUGCCGCCCCUGGUGGAGGCCGCCCCCGCGCGCGCGCUGGCCGAGAAGCGGCAGCGCUGCCCCAUGCUCACCGGCGUCACGUCCGCUGAGACUUCACGAGCCGUUUAUGGCAAAUACUCCAGCUUCCUUGGUGACAAACUGACACAAGUGAAGGAUUUCGUAAAGAAUGAAUUGGUGGGCGGUCUCCGCGGGGUGGUGCAGGGCGUGGAGGGCCUGGUGCCUCUCAAAGCGCUGCAGUCAGCUGUGCCCAUACCGCUGGCCGACUACUACCAGGCAAUACUAGAGGGCUCCGUGGACUCGGCUAAUGGUCUGCUAAAGAUAGCAGAAGCUACAGCUGAUGCACUCUUCAAUUUACCAGCCUACAAAAGUGUAGAAGCUUGGAGCUCGGCAGCACCCGCCUACUUGUACAGCUUCGAACACGUGGGGAACCUAAGCCGAGGUUCCCAUUUUUUACCAGGUUCCGCAUUGACUGACGAUACUAACGAGGUACAUAAGGCAAGUGGGCCUGCGCACGGAGACGAGCUGGCCUACAUAUUCGAGCCGCUGGACGCGGGCGGCGCGGCGCUGCCCGGGGCCGUGUCCGACACUGACAGGAGAGUCCGGGACGCCUUUGUAGGGCUCAUAGCCAAAUUCGCACAUAAUCUGCAGCCGAUAGAACAGAAAAAUAACUCCAAGGUUACUUCAUUUGUCCCAUUUUCCGACAAAAACGGUGGACAAUAUUUGAAGAUUAAUGAUGAAAUAAAAGUAGACAAAAAUUUCAGAUUUUGCCAAAUCGGUUUAUGGGGCGGCAUGGCGGAUAGAGUAACAGGCAGCCUGUGCAAGGAUGUUCUGGGGAACUUGUUGAAGAUGCCGGUGAAACUGCCGAAGCUGCCGAUGCCCGGGGUGCCCGCGGUGCCCGGGGUGCCCGAGGUGCCCGGGGUGCCCGAGGUGCCCGAGGUGGCGCUGGUGCCCAAGUUGCCCGGCCUGGGCCUGGGAGGGCAGGGGCAGAAGCAGCCCAAAGUCACCAUGAGACCGCUCAUAUCCCCAUUUAGAUUUUAACAUAAAUAGCGUAAGUAUGUAUAACUGAAUAAAUGUGACGAUAAAUGCUCA